AUGUUCCAGGAUGGAUUGAAGGAAGCUCAAGAUGGCGAUGUCAUUCACCUUCAAGAAGUUUGCCUGUUUGGUAAAGAGGAGUUUGAUUCUCCAUUUUUGUGCGUCGACUUUGUCGACACGUGUCAGUUCUUUUCACCUGAAGAGUUUAGAUUUUGCCUUGACGGACCGGAUGCUUGGUACAUUGUUGACGAGAUGCACCUAAUGGACCGCAUACGUGGUAAAACAACUUUGUAUGUUCUCUGUAAGGAGGUCGAGAAACUGUAUGACAUGUGGGACGGCAUUCUACGUUUCGUUCUAGAAUCGGCACGAAACCCAGAAAAACAUGUGUUAAAUCUGGCGAUUCACAUGUACCAAACACAUAUUUUCAGUUACAUAGGCAAGAUUGAUUCUCCAGAAGAUAGCUUAAUGCACAAACGUUCCCACAGAUGA